AUGACCAAGAAUUCGAUUUGGACUACUAGAAGGGGAAAGGGGAAUGGUGAAGGAGAAACUCUAACCUCUUUCUUCUUCACUGAGUUUCCGAAAUUAUACGAGGCCAAGGACAUGGUGAAGGUGUUCAAGGAAUAUGGAUUGGUGAUGGAGGUUUUCAUCCUGGCAACAAGAGACAAACAGGGUAAAAGAUAUGGCUUUGCCCGUUUUAGGAAGGUCUUGAACGAAAGAAUCAUGGCGGAGAAACUAUAUAGUAUUCACAUUUAA